AUAAUAAAAUAUUUCUUGUGCUUUCCUUGGAGUUCUUACUUUCUAAGUCUACUUGGCAAUGAAUAUGUGCUUUUCCAGGGUCAAUUUUUGGUUGACUAAAAUAAAACAAAAUGGUUCUGCUGGUCGUCCUCAAUGAAUAGGGUGAUGCGCAGUUAAAGGUAUAUAUUCCAAAUCACGCGGACCACCAUCACUUUUCUUUUGGCAUCCCACUGCUGUAGCCUACCAAAAGGUCUUGAGGGGGAUGCUGCAGCUUUAAGUAUGAUAUCUAUGCAGUUGUUGACUCAUAUUAAGAUGAACGGCUGUAUUUCUUUUAGAUAAAAUAAUUUCUCCUUUCUGCUUUGCUUUAUUUCACUUUCGCUUUCGGUGAGGGGAAUUGCGUGGUCCUUCCGUCCGGAGGAAACUUCUAUUUGCUUUGCUUCCACUUUAAAAUUGAAGAGCUGAAGCGUCAACAUGAUGAACUGCUGUGGUCUGGUUACGGUCAAGAAUGAGCCAGUUCCUCUGAAGAGCGUGGCGGUGGAUGUGCGUGUGCAGGGACAUGUAGCCACAGUGACCUCCACUCUGCUGUAUGUGAAUGGAGAAGAGCGCCCCCUGGAGGCUGUGUUUGUGUUCCCCCUACCUGGAGAAUGUGCCCUCUGCCACUUCAGCGCCAAAUUAGGAGACACAGAGGUGGUGGCAAAGCUGCAGGACAAACAGAAGGCACGGGAGCAGUAUGAUGAUGCGUUGAGCUCAGGCCAUCAGGCUUUCCUGCUGGAGGAGAGUGAUCAGAGCCCAGACAUGUUCCAGCUGAACGUGGGCAGCCUGCCUCCAGGAGAGAGCGCUGCCAUCACUCUGGUCUACAUCUCAGAGCUGGCCAUGCAAGCUGAUGACGCCCUGCGCUUCUGUCUGCCCGCUGUGCUCAACCCCCGCUACACACCCCAGGAAAUGGACAGGAGUAAAAUGGCCACUGUGACAUCAGUCCCAGCUGGUAUGGUGCCCUACACUUUGGCUCUGAGUGCUCACCUAUCCUCCCCCCAGCCCAUCUCUAAAGUGGAGUCCAACUGUGCUCUGGAGCCACUGGUUUACCUAAACGCAGACAAAACACAGGCCACGGUGAGUCUCUCUUCAGGCCACGUGUUUGAUCGGGAUGUGGAGCUGUUGCUGUAUUACCAGGAUGCUCAUGAGCCCACUGCCAUAGUGGAGGGUGGACAGGACAGUGCUGAGCCAGGCUCUUUGAUGGGUGACCCUGUGGUUAUGCUCAGCUUUUACCCAGAGUUCCCUGCUGCAGUAACAUCCUCACUUGCCACUUGUGGAGAGUUUAUUUUUGUGGUGGACCGAUCAGGCAGUAUGGACUGCAGAAUGCAUUCAGGAAAAGACGCAAAGAUGCGCAUCGAGAGUGCCAGGGACACGCUGCUCCUUCUCUUGAAGAGCCUUCCCAUGGGCUGCUUUUUCAACAUCUACGGCUUUGGAUCCCGUUUUGAAAGUUUCUUCCCGAAGAGCGUGGAAUACAAGCAGAACACAAUGGAUGAGGCUCUUCAGAAAGUGAAUGGAAUGAAGGCAGACAUGGGGGGCACUGAGAUUUUGCAGCCUCUGAAACACAUCUACAGCCAGCCCUGCAUUCCCAGUCACCCCAGACAGCUCUUCAUUUUCACUGAUGGAGAAGUGGGAAACACUAAGCAGGUUGUGGACUUGGUGAAGCUGAAUGUCAAUUCUCACCGGUGCUUCUCUUUUGGUAUCGGACAGGGCGCCAGCACUGCUUUAAUCAAUGGCUUAGCCCAGGAGGGCUCUGGGCAUGCUCAGUUCAUCACCGGAACAGACCGCAUGCAGCCCAAGGUGAUGCAGUCUCUCCGCUAUGCACUGCAGCCAGCAGUGAAGGACAUCUCUGUUGUCUGGGACCUUCCAGAUGGUGUGUCAGUCACCACUUUGUCUCCUCCACUCAAAGUGCUCUUCCAUGGCCAAAGGGCUCUGCUGUAUGCUCAGCUCAAAGGAGAGAGCUCAGGGAAUCCUGAGGGAUCUGUGACAAUACAGUACAACCUGUUGGAGGAGACGGUCAAAAACCAACUCGGCUUCUGUCUCAAACCCACAGGAGACACAGGAGUGACCCUCCACCGGCUGGGGGCUCGGGCCCUGAUUCGCUCGCUGGAGGUGGUGGAGAGGGCAGGAGGGCCAGAGGCAGCGGCCCUGAGAGAGGAGCUGCUGCAGCUCAGCCUGCAGUCUGGAGUCAGCAGCACACACACCGCCUUCAUCGCCAUCCACAAGGGCAGCGGACAGGCUGUGCAGGGACCACUGCUCCGCAGAACCAUACCAACCCCAAUGCUCAGUGGGUCUUCUUCUAUGUCUGUGUUCAUGUCUGGUUUUGGUGGUUUUGGUGGUUAUGGCUGUCUAGCGGGCCGUUCAGCGGGCCCAAUUGAAAAGGCCCGAAAGAAAAGAGGGGAUCGUAUGGGUGCAAAGAGAACUGCAGAGACUUUUGAAGAAGGUUGCUAUCAUAUGCUGGAUACGAAAGAUAUCCUGGAUAAGAAGGUCCAAGAACCAGAGUCCCUCACAGAUCCCCUCCUUCAGCUGAUCUCUCUCCAGAAAGCCACGGGGUCAUGGGAAAUGGACUCCUCAAUGGCUAAAGUGUUGGAGAAGUCAGAUGACGAGUUGGCCAAACUGAUGCCAGUGGGGGCAGACAAGGCUGUGUGGGCUACAACUCUGGCUCUGAUUUGGCUCUAUGGUUUGCGGCUGGAGGCCCGGGAUGAAUGGCAGUUUGUAGCCAUGAAGGCAGCGUCCUGGAUUCAAGCUCAGAAAGUGGGCUGUGUGUCUCAGUGUGUGCAGGCUGGAAAUGCUCUGCUGGGAUGCCAGGUGCAGCAGAAGACCCUGGGGCUCUGAGGUGACCAUGGAUGGAUUAUGAAACCAUGGGCCCCACAAAUAAGAGAUACAUAACAGCGACUUCACACAGAGGCUCUGGCUUAGGGGCCCUCUGAGCUCAUGAGCCCCUGGGCCUGUUCGGUAAUCCAUCCCUGGAGGUGACCAUUCCUGUCCCUCUGUAGAAUGUGUCAUUAAUUAAACGGACAUAAACACAUCGGACUCAUCACUGAUUCAGAUGACAAAUUGUAGUCCUGCCCAGAAAGUUUCCUGCUCUAUUUGUUCCCGAUAAUGAAAUAUUUCUUGUGCUUUCCUUGGAGUUCUUACUUUCUAAGUCUACUUGGCAAUGAAUAUGUGUACUUUUAGUCGAGUGCGGCUGUUCUUGCUGACGUUAGAAUCAUUUAUGGCGUCAGAGUUAGAUAAAUUAGCUAAAUCUUAAGUAUAUAAACCCUGUGCGAUGUUAGUGAAAUUGCUUCACUUUCAUCCUUGUGAUGUGAGUGAGCCCGAUUGCAAUUGUUUGUAAUAAAUAUACUGAUCUACAACUCCGGAGUCCUGAGAUAACUUGAGUGAAAUUUCACCUAACAAUACCUGUCCUUCUGUAGAAUGUGUCAUUAAUUAAAUGUGACAAACAUAUCGGACUCAUCACUGAUUCAGAUGACAAAUUGUAUUCUUGCCCAGAUAGUUUCCCAUUCUAUUUGUUCCCAAUAAUAAAAUAUUUGUUGUGCUUUC